AUGAAGUUCUGGCUCUACUCCAGCGCGAGUCUCGCGGCGUGCGUGGGGCUCCUGUGCUACACGUACGUGACGCGAGAGCACUUCUACCCGUCGGUGAUCUACCUCGUGACCUCGAAGGUCAGCGUGCUGGUGCUGAGCAACGCUGCUCUAGUGCUUACGACGCUCUUUGGCCGCCUGGUCAAGUCGUUUUUCCUUGGGACGCUGCGGGAAGUGGAAGUGGAGCUGCUGCACGAGAAUGUGCGCUACGCUGUGACUGAGACAUGUCUCGCGCUCACGAUCUUCCGUGACGAGAUCUCGUUUCACGUGAUGGUGCUGUUCGCGGCGCUCGUGUACCUCAAGAUCUUUCAUUGGCUUGCACAGUCUCGGAUUGAGUUUAUCGAACAAACGGAUACCGUUACUCAAUUAACGCACGUGCGGCUCUCAGGGCUCAUGGGCGUGCUUGCGAUAGUUGACACGGGGUUUGUGGUGUGGUGCUCGCUUGAGAUUAUGGAGACUGGGCCUUCCGUCAUCAUUCUAUUCGGGUUUGAGUUUCUUAUCUUGUUGGUGACUAUUGUGGCCACGUCCUUGCGCUACGUGCUGUAUGCGGUGGACUCUCGGAUGGACGGUUCAUGGACAAACAAGUUCACAUACCUCUUUUACCUGGAGCUUGUGUCUGAAGUGGUAAAGCUUGUCGUGUACCUGAUCUUUUUCAUGCUGAUCUUCGCGUACUAUGGCAUGCCACUGCACAUCGUGCGUGAUCUCUGGGUUUCCUUCAAGAAUCUACAGCGGCGUAUUGCGUCAUACUUUCGCUACCGAAAAAUUACCGCCCAUUUGAAUGAGCGCUUUCCGAAUCCGACAGAGCUGGAACUUCAGGAAACGGACAGGACGUGCAUCAUUUGUCGGGAGGAGAUGAGCCCAGAUGUUUGCAAGAAGCUACCAUGCUCGCAUAUCUUUCAUGUCAACUGUCUCAAGAUGUGGGUUCAGCGCCAACAGACUUGCCCUACGUGCCGGUCCACCAUUCCGACAGGGCCGCGCCAUCCGGACCCUACUACUGUUCCUGAAGGGGCGGCGGCUCGUGCUGCACGACCCGCUGCAGAAAACAACAAUGCAGGUCGACCGGUAGCAGAAGGAAAUCCGGCAGCUAAUGCUCAAGUGCGUGCCGCGCCACGCUUCCGUUUCGGGGUAGCGUUUGGACGUGCGGCUGUGCCGGGCAGUGAAUCCGAAGCGUCUGGUACGACAACUCCUGCAGCGGCUCCAGAUACGACACCGCCAGGUUACGGCGAUGUUCCUGCAGCUGCACCCGGUAAUUUGUUCGCUCCUGGUUAUCCUAACCCGUACAUGUACCCGAUGAUGUUUGUUCCUGGCGUGGGGCCGCCAUUCGGUUUUGGGAUGCCGGGGGCGUAUGGCAUGGUGCCGGGCAUGUCGCCGCUGGGCCACAUGCCAGCUCAGUCACAGCAAGGUCUGCAACAGCCAGCAAUAGACCCGGACAGCAUUCAGCAACAGAUCAAUCUCCUGCAAGCUCAGCUGGCGAUGCUUCAAGCAGCAGCGGCACAACCUGGUUCUGUACAGCAAAGUGACACGUUUGCAUCGCAACAUAUCACGUCGGCGUCCUCUUUACCAACAACUCAGUGGCAAACCAGUGCCCCCGUCGAAGCAACUCCAGCAACUUCUACAUCUGUGGCAUCUGCGGCUCUUCCAUCUCCAAUGAAUGGUGCUGUACGUGGUCCGACUACUUCAGGCGCCAGCGCUAAAACAGAUAGCCGUGAGGAAUGUCUGGAAGAAAAGCGCCCAGCUCCCUUGCCGAGUCAGCAACAGGGAGGCCCUCUGCCAGGUGAUGCUGCUGAUGAGUUUUCGCCACCGCUUCCUGUGACGUCAACGAUUCCUCCCGCUCCACAGAGUGAGGCGGAGCGCCGCAGAGAAGAGUUGCGCCGUCGUUAUAACCGCAUCUACGGCAAUUCUUCGAACUCGGUUGUUACCGAUAAUGGCGAGACGAAGACCGAGUGA